AUGUCCUUCACCGCUUACUUUAGCUAUCAGGCAAAUUUACGGCCAGCCUGGAAGACCUACUACAUUUCAUACCCAGAACUUAAGAAUGCACUCCAUCACAUUAGAGAGGAACUCACACAAAUGAAACAAGAACAAAAGGAGCAUCGGAAACGAAGAUUGCAACAACAACAAGAAGAGGAGAGGAAAACCUCAGAAAAUUCUGCCCUAUUGUCCUAUCAGCAACAGGCUGUAACAAGUGGAGAUAGUAAUAAUAAUAAUAAUACAACAAUAGUAUCAUCGUCAUCAUCAUCACUGUUGCCUGCUAAUAGCAGUGGUGCAUUGAAUCCAAUUGAAAACUUUGGAUUAUCACUGCGGAGAGUCUAUUCAGAACAAGAUUCAUCAAUUCAGGAGAAUGAUGGAGAGAAAAUAGGAGGAACCAUUGUUGAUGAUUACUUUUUCAGAUUGGAAAUUGGAGAAAGUUUGAAUAUGCAUAUUGAAAAUUUCAAAAACAUGUUUAAAAAGGACGUAGAGACUGUUUUUAAAAAGUACAAUUUUGAAUUGAAGAAAGUCAAUGAAAUAACAUUGAGAACACAAAAGGAAUUGUCAGAAGCAAGAAUGAAACCAUUUUUCAAUAGUGAAACUGGUCCAGUACUGAAAGAGAAAUUUGUUGAAAUUUACAGAGAGUUGGAAUUUCUCUACAGCUUUUUGCAUGCCAACAGAAUUGCUAGUAAUAAUUUAUUGACUAAAUUUGAAUUUUGUGGUGAACAUUCAAGAGAUUUAAAACAUUGGUAUGAAGAUUUACCAAAUGCUGACUUUAGCACCAAUCAAUUGAAACAAAGUAUGGAAAAUAGUCAGCUUCUCAAUGCUCUCAAAUACGUUGCUGCUCUCUCUGUGAUUUUAUUCAACACCUUGCACGUCAAUUUGGAAGAUAACGAUGCUUGGGGACCUUUCAGAUAUAUUUGGAUUAUUCUGACACCAGUCAGUACUGCCUAUGCUUUCACUUGGGAUAUUCUGAUGGAUUGGGGCUUAUUCAAAUUCAAACAAGUUAAGGAAGAGGAAAGAGCCAAGACGAAAUUGGAAGCAAUUAAGAAAUUUUUCACCUCACAAACAAUUAUGGGCUACAAAUUUGUAAUGCGUAGCAGAAGAAUUUAUGGUAGAAGAAAACUUGUCUAUCGUUUGGCAAUUGCUUUCAAUUUGAUUGCUAGAUUUGCAUGGGCUGGUACCAUCUCAACUUACUUUAAGCAAAAUAAGGAAUUUUUAGCCAUUCUCUUUGGUAGUGUCGAGUUGAUGAGAAGAUGUAGUUGGAGUGUCUUUAGAUUGGAAUGGGCAGCAAUCUCUAAUGAUGAGGGCUGGCGUAAACAUGGAAUUGGAGACUUGGCAUCUAUCUAUCUUGGUAUUAACACUUCAAAAUAA